AUGAUCAACAAAAGAGAGAAGAAAGGAGAAGCACUUCACCGCCAAACCCCCAAAGUUGAUGAAGUCACCAGGAUUCGCAUUUCCCAGAUUCUAGAACAGUUCCGAGCUUCCAAAGAUGAAGUGUACCAGUUUGAUGCUGGUUUGUCCAACCAAGAGCGUGCUUUGGUGCAUCAAAUGUCCCUUAAAAUGGGGUUUAGAUCUAAAAGUUCUGGACUUGGGAAGGACAGAAGAGUGUCUGUUCAAAAAAUAAAAAAGAAGUCUGACACUAAUAAUGGGUUUGGAAGUCUUCCUCAUUUCACAUUUUCUGAAGAGGCAAAGUGGGUGCUGGGUGAUUUAUUUGCUCAUUAUCCUCCUGGUGAUAGAGACUUGUGGGAGAUGGUUGGAGAAAAUAGUGGCACCUCUACUGACAAAACAAAACAGAAGCAGGAUGAUAUUUUCCGCAGGCCCUCUAUGACCAAAGCUGAAAUUGCUAGGAGGUUGGAAGCUCUUGCUUCUAGAAUUAACAACGUCUCUAACUUGAAACAGAUCAUUGAAGAUAGAUCUAAGCUUCCAAUUGCAUCUUUCAAGGAUGCAAUUACAUCAACUGUGGAAAAUCACCAGGUUAAUUUAAAAUUCUGCUUUGUAAAUUUGCCUUUGGAUAUGAAUCUACUUGGUAGCUUGGGUGUAGUUCUCAUAUCUGGUGAAACUGGCUGUGGAAAGACUACGCAGGUCCCGCAGUUUAUUUUGGAUCAUAUGUGGGGUAAGGGAGAGGUAUGUAAAAUAGUUUGUACUCAGCCGCGACGGAUCUCUGCAAUGUCAGUUUCUGAGAGAAUAGCCACUGAGAGAGGAGAGACUAUUGGAGAAAAUGUGGGAUAUAAGAUACGGUUAGAAAGCAGAGGAGGAAGGCAAUCAUCAAUUGUGCUAUGUACUACUGGAGUGCUAUUAAGGGUUUUGGUUUCCAAAGGUUCUCAUUCGUCUAAGAAAGGGCACAUGAAGGAUGACAUUUCUGGAAUCACUCACAUAAUUAUGGAUGAAAUUCAUGAAAGGGAUCGAUACUCAGACUUCAUGUUAGCAAUCAUCAGAGACAUGCUCCCUUCACAUCCUCAUCUACGUCUGAUAUUAAUGAGUGCCACUAUUGAUGCUGUGAGAUUUUCUCAAUAUUUUGGGAGCUGCCCAAUCAUCAGUGUUCCGGGCUUCACUUAUCCGGUGAAAACUUUCUAUUUGGAGGAUGUACUUUCUAUUGUAAAAUCUAGGAAUGAUAAUCAUCUUGAUAGUACCACUUGUAGUACUUCAAUAAACACUACUCAGCUAAGUGAAGAAGAGAAACUUUCUAUCGAUGAAGCUAUUAAUUUGGCUUGGUCUAAUGAUGAGUGGGACACGCUGUUAGAGUUGGUUUCUUCUGAAGGAACACCAGAACUCUUUAAUUACCAACAUUCUUUAACUGGCGUUACUCCAUUAAUGGUCUUUGCUGGGAAAGGUAAAGUGGGUGAAAUGUGCAUGCUCUUAUCUUGUGGGGCAGAUUGCUAUUUAAAGGACCAGAAUGGAAUGACUGCACUGGAGAUCGCUCAAAGGCAAAACCAACUAGAAGCAGCCGAAAUUUUGAAGAAGCACUUGGACAAAGAUUUUUGCAACUCCACAGAAGAGAAGAAGCUACUUGAUAAAUAUCUAUCAACAGUCAACCCAGAACUUGUUGAUGUUGUUUUGAUAGAGCAGCUGAUAAGAAAAAUAUGUAUUGAUUCAACAGAUGGGGGAAUCCUUGUUUUUCUUCCAGGCUGGGAUGAAAUAAAUAGAACACGUGAGAAUUUGUUUGCAUCAUCGUUUUUUAAGAAUACCUCAAUGUUUAUGCUCAUAUCUCUGCAUUCAAUGGUUCCGAGCAUGGAACAAAAGAAGGUUUUUAGGCGCCCACCUCAUGGUUGCCGCAAAAUUGUACUGUCAACAAAUAUUGCUGAAACGGCUAUCACCAUUGAUGAUAUAGUGUAUGUCAUAGACACUGGACGAAUGAAAGAAAAAAGUUAUGAUCCUUAUAACAAUGUGUCAACCCUUCAAUCAUCUUGGAUUUCAAAAGCAAGUGCUAAGCAGCGAGAGGGACGAGCUGGCCGCUGUCAACCUGGAAUAUGUUAUCAUCUUUACUCAAGGACUCGAGCAGCUUCCUUGCCAGAUUUUCAAAUUCCAGAAAUUAGGAGAAUACCUAUUGAGGAGCUUUGUCUGCAGGUAAAGUUGCUAGAUCCAAAUUGCAAAGUAGAAGAAUUUCUAUCCAAGACGUUAGAUCCUCCAGUUUUUGAGUCCAUACGCAAUGCUAUUACAGUUCUUCAAGAGAUUGGGGCAUUUUCAAAUGAUGAAAAGCUCACCCAACUAGGGGAGAAGCUUGGUUCUCUUCCUGUUCACCCAUCAAUCUGCAGAAUGCUUUUUUUUGCUAUACUGAUGAAAUGCCUUGAUCCAGCUUUAACUCUUGCGUGCGCAUCUGAGUAUAGAGAUCCAUUUACACUUCCAAUGUUACCAGACGAAAAGAAAAGAGCUGCAGCUGCUAAAUCUGAGCUUGCUUCUUUAUAUGGGGGUUGUGGUGAUCAGUUUGCUGUAUUGGCUGCAUUCGAAUGCUGGAAUAAUUCAAAGCAAAUGGGUCUAGAAGUACGGUUUUGUUCUCAGUAUUUUGUGUCUUCAAGUGCCAUGCAUAUGUUAUCUGGCAUGCGCAGGCAACUUCAGGCGGAACUAAUUCGAAAUGGGUUUAUCCAUGAAGAUGCUUCAAGUUACAGUGUGAAUGCAUCUGAGGUUGGUGUGCUCCAUGCGGUUUUGGUUGCAGGAUUAUAUCCAAUGGUUGGGAGAUUUAUACAAAAUAAAGGUGGAAAAAGGUUUAUAGUUGAAACAGCAAGUGGUGAUAAAGUUCGCUUGCACAAUCAUUCUACAAAUUUCAAGUUGUCAUUCAAGAAAAAUUUAGAUCACUCUUUAAUUGUGUACGAUGAGAUUACUCGUGGUGACGUGGGUAUGAACAUAAGGAACUGCACAGUCGUUGGACCACUUCCACUGUUGCUGCUUUCAACAGAGAUUGCAGUUGCUCCAGCAAAAGAAAAUGACGAUGGGGAUGAGGAUGAUGCAGGAGGGAGUGAAGAUGAAGUUGGAAGUGAAGAUGGGAUGGAGUUAGAUGCCAAGUCCAGUGGAGGCCGUGAGGAUAAGUUGAUGUCUUCUCCUGAUAACAUGGUUAAAGUAAUCAUGGACCGUUGGCUUUAUUUUCGUUCAACAGCAAUUGAUGUUGCUCAGCUAUACUGCUUGAGAGAGCGAUUAUCAGCAGCAAUUUUAUACAAAGUGACACAUCCAAGGAAUGAUCUUCCUCCCAUCUUGGCGGCUUCUAUGCAUGCAAUAGUUUGUAUUCUGUCUUGUGACGGGUGCAUUGGUGUGCCAGCAAUUUCAGAAGGUGCGGACUCAGUAACCACUAUGGUAAAUGCUACAACUUUAGGCAAGCCAGUAACUAGGCGAUUUGGAAAGAGACCAAAAGGAUCCCUUGUAGAGCUUAUGAAUUAUGAUGGCCGCCAAAACUCUGGGCCUUCUAAAACCUAG